AUGUCCCUUUCAGUGAAUGAAUUUGAUGCUGAGCUAUUAUCAUGUGGGCUAGCCAAUCUUUCUAUAUCAACCUCCUUGAUCAAGCAACUGCAUCAAAGGUAUGUCUGUUUGGGGUUAAACUUACCAUCUAGAUGCGGGACCGUUUCAGACAAGUCUGACAGAGCUACUGUGGAGCUUGUGCUUGAUCCCAAAACCAGAAUGCUUGUUUUCAAAAUCAUAAAUAAAGGCCUUUUCGACGAGCUACAGGGCUGUAUCUCUGCAGGAAAAGAGGCAAAUGUUUAUUGUGCGCACCGCCGGUCGGAUGAUGUCUUUUUUGCCGUCAAGAUCUACAAAACCUCUAUCCUUAUAUUUAAGGACCGCGAAAAAUACGUUGUCGGGGAAUUUCGGUUUCGCCACGGUUAUAACAAGUCAAAUCCUCGCAAAAUGGUUCAGCUCUGGGCCGAAAAGGAGCUUCGGAAUUUGAAAAGUCCCUCUCCGACGUUAAAAAACGCGGUUAUCGAAUCCGCAGGAAUAGCCUUCAAACUCUAUGUCGACUUGAUCGUCAUUGUUAGGACGUUAUUUCAGACAUGUAAGCUGGUGCAUGCUGAUCUGUCCGAAUAUAAUAUUCUGUACCACCAAAAGGCCCUUUGGGUUAUAGAUGUUGGCCAGGCCGUUGAACAUGAUCAUCCUUAUGCGUUAGAGUUUCUAAGGAAGGAUUGUCUGAACAUAAAUACCUACUUUAAGAAAUAUGUUUCCAAGAUACUUCCGCUUAGAUCAAUAUUUGAUUUUGUUGUGCAGCCAUUGCCAGUUGCUACUGAAAAGGACCCACAAGCCAUAAGAAAGAUCCUAACCAACCAGAUGUCUACCAUGUCGCAAUUAUCGCUUUCUUAUCAGGAAGAAAUGGACGAAAGAGUAUUCCUGGAAGCGUACAUUCCGAGGACUUUGAACGAAAUUGUAGACAUUGAAAGAGAUAUCGACAAACUGAAUUCCGGAAAUACAGAAGAUCUUUUAUAUUGCAACAUGACGUCAAUUAAUCACAUGCCGGAGGGUCAAGGCGCUUCAACGGCCUCAGAGACCAUUGAGCACGUUUGCGACGAAGCAUUUGCAUCUGCAGCCGACCCGGUAACCGAGUCAGAGCCUCACACAAAAAGGGUCGCGCAAAAUUUGAAAAAAUCAAAAGAAGAGAAACAACAGCACAAGAAAUUGGUCAAAGCAGAGAAUCGGUUGCGCCGUCAAAGCAAAAUGAAAAAAUCGGAAAAAAAACGCCUAUGCAAAUCUAAAAGCUGCUAA